AGACAGGGAAAUCAUAGUAAAUUUCCAUUUAGCAGAUCAAUGUUCCAACUGGGCUUCCAUACAUCAGGCUUUAUAAGGCAACAGCUCCGGUAAGCGUCUCUUCCUUGCUGUAUACCUGGCUGGGAUAUACACACAAUGAACACCAAGUGUGUAGCAAUAUUUUUGGCGGCUAUGGUGGGGGCACAAUGCCUCCCCAGCUUUGUCCAACCAUCCCGCCAUUCAAAGAAGACACACCACGUCACCAUGACAAAACAAAUCCCGCCCUUUGGAGGGGUAGCCCUCGACCUUUGUCCAACCUGUGUCCAGUUCACUGGAGAAGCCAUUGAUCAACUUCUGAACAUCAUUCUCAAUCUUGGAGUAGUUGGUUCCUGUGAAAAACUGUGCGCAGCUCUUGGUCAGAAGACAGGAAGUCAAGCCUUGGCGGUCGUCUGUGAUCUUCUCUGUGACAUUGCUGGUAUUGAUGAGUUUGUGAAGCUCAUUCAGAAAGCUGACCUUGACCCUAUCUACUUCUGUGAACUUCUUAAUGUGUGCCCCAUUUUUGAUGACGGUGAUGCCAAAAUCACGGAGCUUCAAAUCGUCCCAGCAUCAGGGCCCCAAGGUCAGAAAACAAUCAACUUUUCUUUCACCUCCAAGAACGGGACCGGAACCGGAGAGAUCGUCGUUGUGGUAGAUACACUUGAUGGGCUUCCAAUUGAGGAUAGUUUCCUGAACCAGAAGUCUCCAGCAGGCACCUACCCAACUCGUAUGACUCUGAAGGCUGAGCCCGACCCCAACUGUGACCCGUCCCAGGGACCCUGCGAGCAGUGGCUACCAGGAAACUACACCCUCCGUGUUGAUAUCUGCAAUGGUGAGUGCGGCAGCGACCAUCCCCACAGCAAGAUCUACGACAGACGUUCCAUCUCUUUCCGCAUCACUGAAUAGAUGUGUCGUGUUGGAAGGAUGUACAUGUAAUAAAUAUGAAAUAUGUAA